CACACACAUCUACAUCACAAAAUAAACUGACACAUUCACAAUCAUAGCUAUGACUAUAAUAUAUCACGUACACUUCGCAAAACAAGAAUAACAUUCGUACACAGACCCAUACUAACAAACAAACAAAAAAACCUGAAAAGAAAAGGGUGACAUAGAUAGAUACAUCGAUAGAUUAAUGGACAGAUAGACAGAAAGAGAGAAAGAGAGCGACAAUGAGAGAGGAUAUAUGUACAGCCAGAGACAGAGAAAAACUGGUGCUAGGAAAGAGAGGAGCAGCGAGUGAUAUUGCUGUUCAAUAGACAGAAAGAAGGAGGGGGACAAGCAAGGCAAGAGAGUAAAUGAUUGGAAGCGAAUAUUCCUCACAUAAACUAAAAGACUGUCAGUUGAUCGUGGAAGUCUUUAGUGAGGAACACCUUAUUUCUUUAAAGAGAACACAGAAUAAUCAGCUGUGUUUAUGACCCCAUACUCAAUUACACUGCUUCAGAUGGAAGAAAGCCCAUUAUUGAACCAACAGUGGAUUAUCAGUAAAUCUUGAGCUCUAUGCAAACUCUACAUGGAAACAAUCAAUUAUAUACCUUUGAGGAUAUUCCUUUAUAACACAGAGGAAAUAUGCAGCUAAAUUUUGGCAUUUGCUUGUUAUACUUACACUACUGCCUGUGUAUAGACUUUACAUAUUAUGUGAAAGAAGGAGAAGAAGAAGGGACUUACCUUGGGGAUAUUGCUGUAGAUAUGCAUUUAUAUGAUAGCAAUUUACUGACUGACCGAAGUAAGGUAACUUUCAGUCAAUUUCAACGCAGUGUCACUCAAAAUUCUCAAUUAUUCAAUGUCACAAAAUCAGGAAAAAUAUAUACUGCUCAGACACUUGAUAGUGAUACACUUUGUUCAUAUAAUCAAGAAUGUUUCAAAACCAUAAAAAUUGCCAUUCAACAAGCAAAAGCAUUUAUAAAGAUUUUAAAAGUGCGUGUUGUUAUUCAAGACAUCAAUGAUCACCAACCAAAAUUUAAAGAUGAAGAGAUUAACAUUCAGUUUUCAGAAGAUGCUAGCAUUGGAGUGCGACGAUCAAUCCCAAAUGCAAUUGACAGAGAUGUUGGGCUCCAGAAUUCUCAAAUAAGCUACCACCUUGGAAAUAAUAUAGAUAAUCCAUUUGCAUUAUCGACUUCCAAAAGUGUCGAUGGAAUAUCAGAACUUUCAAUUUUCUUAAAAGAAAAAUUAGACAGAGAAAAGCAAGAUAAAUAUGUUCUUGAGAUUGUAGCUAAAGAUGGUGGUUUACCACCCAAAGAAAGUGUUUUAAUUGUCAAAGUAACAGUUACUGAUGUUAAUGACAAUACUCCAGUUUUUUUACGAAAGGUUUAUAACAUUACCACCAAGAACAAAGCAAGCAGAAUGAUGCCAAUUAUUACAUUAACAGCAACUGAUUUAGACUCAGGUGAUAAUGGUAAGGUUUCUUAUCAUUUCAGUUCAAAGACUGCUGCAUCAACUAAAAGUCAUUUCAUGCUAAAUGAAAGAACUGGUGAGAUCUACUUGCAGCAAAUUUUCCCACUAAGAAAUAAACUCCUCAAUGAAUUAUAUGUGCGAGCAACUGACAAAGGAAAACCACCAUUGAGCUCAGCUGCUCUGGUUCUUGUAAAUAUUAUCAACCAACAAAACAAUUAUCCAAGUAUUGAUGUCAAUUUUGUGUCUCCCGUUAGUGAGAGCUCAGCAACUAUCUCAGAAGAUACUGAUGUUGGUAGCUUCAUUGCAUAUGUCAUGGUCACUGAUAAUGACAUUGGACUUAAUGGUGAGGUAACCUGUGAACUUCACCAUGAUAAAUUUCAGCUUUUAAUGUUGGAAUCAAAAGAAUACAAAGUAAAUUUAAAGGAUCCAGUUGAUAGGGAAGUUCAGGACCACUACGAUAUAACUAUUUCCUGUGAGGAUCAAGGUUCUCCUUCAUUACAAACUAAAAGAAAAUUCUCUAUCCAAGUCAUGGAUGUCAAUGAUGUACAACCAAAAUUCACGAAAUCAACAUUCAAGUUUUUGACUUAUGAAAAUAAAAAAGCUAAUUUUCCCAUUGGUUUUAUCAAUGCUACUGAUCCCGAUUUAGGACAAGGAGGUCAACUGACCUAUUCCCUUUUGACCAAUAAUAAAUAUAAUUUUCCUUUCCAGAUCACAAAUUAUGGAUUUAUUUCUACAAGAAAACCAUUGGAUCAUGAAAUUAAAAACAUUUACAAAUUCCAAGUUUUUGUCAAAGACAAUGGUAAACCUUCUUUUAAUAACACAGCAAAUGUUUUCAUCGAAGUAAUGGACGAGAAUGACAAUGCCCCGUACUUUUCUUUUCCCAGUGUUAACCCUUUUAGUCUUGAUGUCCAUUAUUAUCCCAACAAAAAAACUAAUAUCACAGUUCUGAAAGCCUUUGACAGAGACAGCCGGACAAAUGCUUUUCUCAAAUAUGAAAUACUCAGAGGCAAUGACAAACAUUUGUUUAGUGUGAAUCCUUACACUGGAGUUUUAUCUUUUUCUCGUCCAGUUUACCAAGAUGAUGUUGGAUCUUAUAAUUUAGAAUUUAUUGUCAAAGAUAGUGGAACACCAGUCUUAUCUGCAAUGACAACAGUGACUUUGACGCUGACUGUCAGCAAUAAGACUUCUAGGAUUAUGCCUGCCAUAAACAAAAAUUUGAAUGAAAUGGUUGAAGUAGAUUUUGCAAUAGUAAUAGUGUUAGUGGCCAUGAUUGUAUCUAUAGCUGUAGUGGUGUCUAUAGCAACAUGCAUAAUACGAUGUAAUAGAGCGAGAAAUGCAGCACAAGGAGGAGGAGUUGAAGUAAUGAAUCCCUCAUUGAACUCUCGCAGUGAAAGAAGACAAUUGAUCAACCAAACGGAUAGUUCUGUUGUCAUUCCCAAAAGUCCCAGUGAAAUGAGAAACAGGAAUAUUCAGUUGGUAGGAUUAAGGAGUCAACUCUAUUCUGAUGAUGUCUCUCAGAAUGACUGGAAAACUUCGACCUUAGCCACAAAGCUACCAAGUACCAAGCAGCCAAGGGAAGCACAUGCCUGUAUGCAAUAGACUUGAAGAAUGAAGAUGGCCAUAGCACUUACAGAAAAUACUUUAAAAAGAGAAAGGGAAUGAAAAAAGAAAAAUAUCAAACCCUUAAGUACUUUCUCACAGAGUUGGUGGCACUCGUUAAACUGCAAUAUAGAGAAAGGAUACCCACUCAAUAAGAUAGAAGAGGAUAAGGUAGUGGAAUCAAGUGAAAUGGGUUGGUCAGUUUUAAUGAUGUACAAAAUUAUCAUAAAAAGAACAGAUGGAUGAGAUAAUUUCUCAUAAAGAUGAUGAAAUUUUUAAUUGUAAAGGACUCAUAAUCACCCCCUCUUCCUCAUUCCCCCUUUUUCUUGUUUCUAUAUCUCAAUCUACAAAUCAAUUUGUAUUUUUGAUCUUGCAAGUGGGGCCAACCUAACUCAGGAACCCUGUAACAUGCCAUGGAUAGGGUUAAGGCCUGGUUUCCAAAACCAUUUUCUAGAGUGAAUCUGCAUGUAACAUCUUCAGGAUCAUUCUAGCCAAAAACAUCCUCUCUGGCUCCAGUAAACAUCCUCAAACUAGAGCCAUUGGUUUUGUAGGCUGACUUGGUGGCCAUGGUCUGCUGUAUUGAAUUCAGACAAAAAUAUUUCAAAUGAAACUGCCAAUGUAUAUCCGAGUUGUAUUUAUUUCCUCUGCUUCAAUGGAAACUAAAACAUGUCCUAUCUUCCAGUGUUAUCACAGUUAAUUAAUUAUUUUACAAUUCAUUUUUCCACUAUCAUUGUAUUUAAUUUUUUCACAUAUUAUCUAUUGGGAGGAGAUAAUUUUUUAACUAAUCUCAAUAUGAAUGCAUACAUACACAUACAAAUGCACUCAUACACAAAUUCAACAAACAAACAUGCACAAUUAUAUGCACUCACAUACAAACAUGUAUACACACAUACAUACAAAACUAAUAUGUCCUUGAUAAUCUGUUUGAUUUAGUUCCAUUAAAAUAUCAAAAUGAUGUAAAAAUUAUGAACAAUAGAAUUUAUGAUAAAUGAAUAUUGCUGCAAAAUUUUAUUAACAUUGUUACCAUGUCAGAAGGUCAUAUUUAGUUAUUCUUUUAUUGUUUUAAUUCUUUUAAAUGUUUCAGUCAUUUGACUGCAGUCAUGCUGAAGGGUUUUAGUUGAACAAAUCGACCCCAGGACUUAUUUGUUUUUAAAGCCUAGUACUUAUUCUAUCAGACUCUUUUGUCGAACUGCUAGGUUAUGGGGACGUAAACACACCAACACUGGCUGUCAAGCAGUGAUGAGUGGACAAAUACAGACACAAAGACACACACACACAUAGAUAAAUACAUACAUACAUGUGUGUGUAUGUGUGUAUGUGUGUGUGUGUGUGUGUAUAUAUGUGUGUGUGUCUGUAUAUAUAUAUAUAUAUAUAUACACACACACACACAAACGAUGGGCUUCUUUCAUUUUCUGUCUACCAAAUCCACUCACAAGGCUUUGGUCAGCCAGAAGCUAUAGUACAAGACACUUGCCCAAGGUGCCACACAUUGCGACUGAACCCAGAACCAUGUGGUUGGGAAGCAAACUUCUUACCACACAACCACAUUGUCUUUGAUAAUUUACCAUACUUCUGCUACAGCAGUGUAGUUGAAUUUAUCUUUCUGCUUACCUGAAACCUAGCAUUAUUCUGUAUAAUGUUAUUACCUAGAUAUAUGUACAGCAAGUAGCUGUGACAGCUGGAGGGAAAGGAGUUCAAGAGAGCACUUGUAUGGUUCCACACAAGCAGAGUGACAGAAUCGCAACUCAUCUAGGCUCUCAUCAUAAAUGGAGCGAUGGACAAACCGGACUGUAUGAAGAGAUAGCAGGUAUGCUCUAAGAUGUUCAUUGUCAGAAAAGUGUACAAUAAAUAUUUUCACUUCAAUAGAAAAA